UCACACGCACGCACACGCACGUACGGGCAAGCGGGUGCGCGCGCAUUUCACACGGAGGAGAGACGCUUCACUGCAGUCACGAGGUGAGGAAGGUGAAGAAGAGGAGGAGAUCGUCACGGCGAUGAUGAGCAUGGAUCCGGGCCACCUGGGGGGUUCCGAGGAGUGCGAGGCUCUGGAGGAGGUUCUGGUGGUGGCGGCGGCCCAGGCGGAGGCCCAGGCGGAGGCCCACGCGGAGGCCCAGGCGGAGGCGGCGGCGGCGGCGGGGGGAUCCUGGGGCGGCGGCGCCACUUUGGACGACAGCCUGACCAGCCUGCAGUGGCUGCAGGACUUCUCCAUCCUGGGGGGCGGCGCCCCGCCGCUCGCGCCCGGCGUACCCACGGCGGCCGCCUACAGCCGCCUGCGGCCGCUGCCCGCCAUCGUGGCGCGCGGGCACUGCCCCGACGAGGUGGACUACAAGACGGAUGCGGGCGUCAAGCCGCCGUACUCGUACGCGCACCUCAUCUGCAUGGCCAUGAAGCACAGCAAGACCAGCAAGAUGACCCUGGCCGGCAUCUACAAGUGGAUCACAGACAACUUCUGCUACUUCAGACAUGCAGAGCCCACCUGGCAGAACUCUAUCCGCCACAACUUGUCCCUCAACAAGUGCUUCAUCAAAGUUCCUCGUCAGAAGGAUGAGCCGGGAAAGGGCGGGUUCUGGAAGAUCGAGCCGCAGUACGCCGAGCGCCUCCUGAGCGGCGCCUACAAGAAGCGCCGCAUGCCGCCCGUCAGGAUCAAUCCGGCGCUGCAGAGCCGGCUGGGGCUCGCCGCGCCGUCGCCCACCGCCGCCAGCCCCGCGGGCGCCCUGUGCGUGGACGCCCAGUCCCAGCGGCUCCUGCGGGAGUUCGAGGAGGCCACGGAGCAGAGCUGGGACACCCGCCUGGCCGAGGGCACCAUGCUGGGGUCCUGGCCCGUGCCUCGAGGCGGCGCCAAGAGGAAGUCGGGCUGCAGGAGCGGCGGAGGCAAGACCCCCCGCCGCUCCAGCUCCCCCCUGCUCUCCUUGGACGAGCAGAAGGAGAGCGGCCCCCUCAAGGGCGACUUCGACUGGGACGCCCUGCUGGACUCGGCGCUCAGUGGCGAGCUCAGCCUGGAUGCCGGCGACGCCCUAGGCCCUGACAUCAAGGAAGAGGAGCUGAUCGUGGCGGGCGGCGCCCCCGUGGGGGCCCCGGCUGACGCGCUGGCCGAGUCCCAAAAGUCCUUUCUGGGCUCCGCCUUCCUGGAAAGCCCCUGGCCGGAGGAAGAGGCGGAGUCGGAGCGCGGUGACUUCAUGUGUGGCGCAGGCGUCAACCUGGAGCAACUGUUUGACCUUGCCGAGCCCCCCGCGGACCCCCUGCUCUGAGGUCGACGGACCCUACGCCCCAAGCUUUUGAUACUCACGUGACUUCCUGUUUACAUCGCAUGAUUGAAAGCCACCCAGAUUUCGCAUUU